AUGGCCUCUGCUACCACAGACCCACCAACCCCUUCAACACUCUUUGCAGCCAUUGACAUGGGUACAAAUUCGUUCAAGAUGCUCAUAGUUCGUGCAUACCCAAAUGGCAAAUUCUUCACCAUAGACCAAUUCAAAGAGCCUGUGGUUCUUGGCCGUGAUACCAGCACAUCAUCAACAACAACCCCGUUUACACUUUCACAUCACUCCCAGCUCCUUGCCCUUGAAGCCCUUAAAAGAUUUCAGAACAUCUUGAAAUCCUACAAAAUCAACAAAACCCAUGUCCGCUGUGUUGCCACUGCAGCUGUACGUGAAGCUGUAAACAAUGUUGGGUUUUUGAAAUGUGUGAGGGAAGAGGUUGGUUUAGAGAUAGAUGUGUUGCCUGGUGAACAGGAAGCUAGGCUUGAGUAUCUGGGUAUGCUUCAGUUUUUUCCAAUAUAUGAGAAAUUGGUGCUGGGUGUGGAUAUUGGAGGUGGGUCUACUGAGUUUGUAAUUGGGAAGCAAGGAAAAGUCAUUUUUGGUGCUUCAUUGAAGCUGGGACAUGUGAAUUUGACCCAAAAGUUUGGGAACAAUGAAGAAAAUGUUGCACAUAUGAGGGAGCACAUUAGAUUGGUUGUUCAAGAAUCUGGGUUAGUUGACAAGAUUAAAGAUUGUGGCUUUGAGGUUGUUGUCGGAUCUUCGGGUACUAUAAAGGCAGUAGAAAAAGCAGCCCUUUAUGGGUAUGCCAAUGUGAGCAAUAUGCUCCAGGUCGGGAAUAUGGUUUCUUUUGGGGACAGUAAGAGGUAUUGGAAGUUAAGUAGAGGAGAACUGAAGGGUGUUGUUGAGAGUUUUUGUGGUGGAGGAGAGGCAGAGAAGAUUAGGAGGGAGAAGUUCUUUAAAAUGCGGUCCGAGUUUAUCGUUGCCGGGGCUGUGCUAUUGGAGGAGAUAUUUGAGGUAAUUGGCAUUGAGGAAAUGGAGAUUUCUGGGUAUUCAUUGGCAGAAGGUGUUAUUGCAGAAACUUUAGCUAAGGUUAAUGAUUAUGAUUUGAAUGCCAAUGCAAAGUGGUCGUCUAUUGUGCGGCUCGCAAUGAGAUUUAAUAGCAACAAGAGGAUGAGAGCGGCUGCUCAGUGUGCUAGCAUUGCAAAGGAAUUUUUUGAAUGUUUAAGAAAAUGUGAUGAUGAGCUUGCUGGCAAUCAAGUUGCUGCCUCCCUAGAUGACAAGGAUCUUGAGUAUCUUGAAGCAUCAUGUUUGCUUCACAAUAUUGGGCUUUCCAUCGAGAAAAAGGGUUACCAUAAGCAUUCUUAUUCUAUUAUCAUGAAUGGUGGCCAUCUUCAAGGUUACAGUACUGAGGAGGUCAAGCUGAUAGCACUACUUGCAAGACACCACAGGAAGAAAUUACCAAACUUUGGUCAUGUUUCCUUUAAGGAGUUUCCAACAGAGGUCAAAAAGAAAUUCAGAUUUCUAUGUGCAAUUAUCCGUAUUUCAGUUGCACUACAACAACAUCGACGCAUUGAUUUCCAACAAAUGGAAUUUUCACAUUCUUACGAAGGUUUUAAACUGGCAUGCGGUGGUGUAAAAGUUCAAAAUUCCCCACCUUGCAUUCUAGAGCCUUUAGCUGAGGAUAUUGGAGAUGACCUAAGGCAAGAAUUAGAACACUUUAAGAUGGUAUUCCAUGAAGAACUACUCCUCCUUGUUCCUUCAAGUGUUUCAGGAUGA